GGCUGAAGAGCACCUGAAAGGUACUUAAAAUUAUGUGCGUACAUUUGUGGAGGACUAUCGUACAUGGUCUGCUGGCUUGGCAGUCCAAGCCCGAGGCCUCCGGCGCCGGUUCCGGUGACGCGGCGAAGAUGGAGUCCGGGUCCGGAUGUGGAAGCGCGGCCGCCGAGCCGGCUUGGCGACGGGCUUGGCAUGCGCUGGUUUGAGCAAGUUUCCGGUUUGCUGCGUCUUCCACCACUUAAGAAGUACUGGUACUUUGCCACUGCUUCAACACUAACAGCAGCAUCUGCACCGAAUUCCGAGAGAAAUGGCCACGACGUAAGCAAUGAGAAGCAAAGUAUGCCUGCAUCAAAACAUCGGUGUCAAACAUAGCGCCUGCCCGCUCCAUAAUCCAAACCUGGAAGGCAAUACAACAGAGCUUGAGCCGGUCUCUGUAACUUCCCACCCGUCAUAGCAUCUUCGGUCCAUGGUUUUUU